AUGCCUAUAACAUAUUUAGAAUUCGUUGGUAACCCUUGUAUAGAAAUAUUAUAUAGGAAUAGACUUGAUACUACGUCACUAAGUCGUAGAGAUUUGGAAGUUGACACUUCAUUGCAGCACGACGACUCCCUUCGAUUAAAAUUCGUCUCCUUCAAUAGAACAUUUAACAUUCAUCUUGAACCCAAUACAGAUUUAUUUCACCCUGAAGCCACACUUACUAUACAUCAUGGUAAUAAUACUAGCACUGUUACAAAGCUAUUGCCUCAAGAUUACAGACUAUAUAAAGGAGUCUUGCUGGACGUUGACUCCACUGAUAGAAGAUUAAGCGAAGAUAUUGUGGGCCUUAAAAGGCUCAAUUUACAUGAAGAGCUUUCUACUUCACCAGGUGUUCUUGGGUGGGCGAGGAUAAUUGUUCUAAAUGAUGGAAGUUUAAACAAAAAACAUUUGACAUUUGAAGGUUCUUUUUCUUAUAAAGGUGACCUUCACCAUAUAAAAUCCAUAGACAAUUUUCGAGUAGCUCAAUUUCGUGAUGAUCCGGAAAUACCAAAUCCGUCCUCUCGUCAUCCUAAUCAUCGUGAUGCUACCAUGGUCAUUUAUCGUGAUUCUGAUAUAAAAUCAUCCAAUAAUGGUGAUGAUCGGAUAUGGUCAUGUGGAAUGGACGAACAAAUAAGUAAUUGGAAUCGGUCACGUAGCAAGUAUUUAAGAUAUAGUGAUCCUUGGACAUUUGGAAUAAAUGAUGAUAAUAAAGUAGAAAAUGAUAACUGGUUGUUCAAUCUCGGUUUUAACGUUCGAACGAGUAAUACUGGUGCGGCCGCUGAUUGUACUUAUGUUCAAAGCUAUCAAUCAACAGAUGCGGCCCGACAACAAAUUCUUAGUGAUUGGGGAACUGCAUCUGCUGUUUAUGAAAGAACUUUUAACGUCACCCUUGGUUUAAUCUAUAUCGAGAUCCAAAACGCAACUUGUCCUUCAACUCCUAGUCCAGCGUGGAAUAGAAAUUGUUCAGAUUCGUAUGGCAUAAGCGAUAGAUUGAGUGAUUUUAGUCAAUGGAGAGGGAAUGAUGGCGCAGCAUUAUGGCAUCUAUUGUCAAAAUGCAAUACUGGAACAAAAGUUGGUAUUGCUUGGCUAGGGCAGUUAUGUCAAACUUCUGCAAGUGCACAAAGCAAUGGUACUUCUGGCCAGGCCUAUGUUUCAGGAGCUGGUGUAUCUACAAUUGUUAAAGACGAAUGGAAAGUAGUUGCACAUGAAAUUGGGCAUGGUUUCGGUGCAUAUCAUGAUUGCACUUCAACCACAUGCCCAUGCGCUAGUGUCAACGAUCCCUGCGCUUGUUGUCCAUUGAGUCAAACAACUUGUGAUGCUGGUGGACAGUACAUUAUGAAUCCAACAAGUAAUGUGGUCACGAAUGAUUUCAGUCCAUGUUCAAUCACUGACAUCUGUAGCACAUUUCCAAAUAUCGGCACUUGUCUCCAAGAUCCAGCUACAGCUUCAAAAACCAUUCUCACUAUUGCUAUGUGUGGAAAUGGACUGAAAGAAGCAGGAGAAGAUUGUGACUGUGGCACUGAUUGCGCAACAGAUCCUUGUUGUAAUGGGCCAACUUGUAAAUUUAAGAAUGGCGCACAGUGCGAUGAUAUGAAUGAUCUAUGUUGCAAAAAUUGUACUUAUAAAUCAGCCAAUACGACUUGCAGACCUUCGGUUUCCUCUUGUGAUAUUGCGGAAGUUUGUCCUGGAAAUUCUGGGGAUUGUCCGCCAGAUUCGCAUAUUGCAGAUGGUACAUCAUGUGGUAACAACGGUCUUCAAUGUGCUAAUGGCCUAUGUACAUCAAGGGACCAACAAUGUGCUACACGUGGUUCUCGUAUGGGAAUUACGAAAGCAUGUUCAAUGCCAUCUACGUCAUGUACUAUUAGCUGUGCUAAUCCGAAUGAUACAACCUCAUGCCUUGAAUUGAGUGGAAAUUUUGUCGACGGUACUCCUUGUGGAUUUGGUGGAAUGUGUUCUAAUGGAACAUCACAUAUUAACUUUUAUCCAAAUCAUUUUAGUUGCGCCCAAUGUCUUUAUAGAUCUAAAAGACGAAAUAGUAAAUUCAGAACACGUGUCCAUUCAAUGCCUCCAGAUGAUACAUUCGCUAUAGGAAACAGUCAUUAUAAUAACGAUAAUAGCGCAGGAUGGGUUGAUCCAGCACCAUAUAAUGGCUCUUCGCCCAAUAACGAACGUUACCUUAAUCCGCGUGAUCAAGCAAAUAAUGGUUCACGUUCACCAGGCUAUCAAUAUGCUCGAGAAAUUACGAAAGCCCAAGGAGCCCGGGGUAUUAUCAAAGCCCAAGGAAUUAUCAAAGCCCAAGGAGUCCGAGGAAUUAUGAAAGCCCAAGGAGUCCGAGGAAUUAUGAUCAUUUUAUAG